AUGAAGUACCUGGGCAUCGUUCUCGACGGUCGCUGGAAGUUCGACGAACACUUUCGGCGGCUGACCCCGAAGCUUCUGGCCGCCGCCGGAGCGCUCGGGAGUCUACUGCCCAACCUAGAAGGGCCCGCCGACAAAUGCAGACGCCUCUUCGUGGGCGUCGUGCGUUCGAUGGCGUUGUAUGGCGCUCCGAUUUGGGCGGGCGCUCUCUGCGCGCGGAACGUGUCGCUGAUUCGCAGGCCGCAGCGCGCUAUCGCGCUGCGGGCUGCGAGGGCGUACCGCACGGUGUCCUACACCGCAUCGUGUCUCCUCGCCGGCAGCCCCCCGUGGGAACUGGAGGCUGAAGCUCUCGCGUCGAUUAAAAGUACAGUCAAGUUCGACUCGGAGCACUCCCGCGAAGCCCUGGUGGGUGAGUCCUGA